AUGCACAAAACACAUCAUCUUUGUGCAACACAACUCGUCCUUUUCGUCGCGUCUUUUAGGUCGAAAACGAGUUCUUCUCGCAGAAAAAGAAGCACCAGGUUUCGGAGGAAGAGUUCCGCGUCUUCUUCUUCUUCCGUGUCUUCCGAUGACGAUGAAAACGAUGAGACGACGAAUGAUGGAAAACAAAGAAGACGGGUCACGAAUUUCGACCGACUGGUCCAACAAAACGCGUGGAUGUUUCCUCAGCCGCAAAAAGACGAAGAAACGGAAAGCCUGACGAAAUUUUGGCAAACGAGAGGAGUGAAAGACCGAGAGAUGCUGAAACGAUUGAUAGAGUUAGGAGGCGGGGUGUUGGCGGAGAUGCGGUUGGAGGAUGAGAUGAUGAUGGAAGAGAGGCUGGAGGAUGAUGAAAAGAAGAAGAAAAAUUCCGAAUCGCUCGUCGAUCGAUUGGAUCGGAUGAAGAUAUUAUUCCCGAAUUGCGACGUGAACGCGAUGCUUUGGAAAAAACCGGAGGUGGUUCUGGAGAAAAGCUUUAAGGAGAUCACGAAAGCGGCGAUUGAAUGGAAAAUGGUUUUGCGAGACGUGAAACGUUUGGAUUGGGUGGUUGAGAACAACCCGCAGAUUUUGUUGAUGACGAGCGAGGAGAUUGGAAAAGCGAAAGACGGAUUGGAGACGUUGAGGAGAGAAUUUUUCAGUUUCGAAAAAGAUGAAUACGAGGGAGAGGCUUUCAUUGAAACGCUCGCGCUGAAAACGACGAACAAAAACGAUUCCGUCGUUUUAAAAGACGACGACGACGACGAUACCUCCAAAAAUCAACCGCCGCCGACCACCUCCACCGGGUUCUUAAUCACCCCGGAAUUCACCUUGGCGAACGUCGUCGAAGGCGAACCGCACAUCCUUACCUCCAACUUGAAAAGAAGAACGGAACGCUUGUUGGAAAGGAAACAAGACUUGCUACAAAAAGCGAAACAGAAAGGCGGCGGUCUCGGUUUGUUCUAUUUGCGCCAAUCGACGAGCACCGCUUUGUUCGGAAAGCUGUUUUUGAUGGACACGGAGGAAGAAGAAGAAGAAGAACAAGACAAAGAGUAA